UCCGUGGAGAGGGACGGGCUGAGAACUGGGGCACCAGCAGGCAGGGGCCCAGCGACCAGUGUGAGGUCAGGCCAGGCCCUGUGAUGCUGGUUCUAGAAUGGGGAGGGCAAGGCUGGGAUAUUACGGGGGAAGAGGCACCAGCCUGAUUCCGCCAUUGGCAAUGUCCUGUUUCGUGAAGGGAAACGCUUCGUCGGGGCUUGUGCCUCCCCCGCAAGAUGCCAGCCGACCACUCCAACUGGUACAGAGCAAUCUACUGAGUGUCUAUCACUCUGGGGAGACGCCUCCUGCUGCUGCGGUCUUGGUGCCAGGCGUGCUCAGAAGGACAGUGCAGAAGAGCGCAGCCCCUUCACACCUAGAGGCGUCCCUGCUGUAUCAGGAGAAGGCACUAAAGCAGCCUUGUAGUGGUGCCCAGCAGUGUGCAAGGUUCCCUCUCAGCAGCAGACUGCGGUACAGGGAUGCCAGGUGGGAGUCUCACAGUGGACACUACUGUGGAAGAUAUUCUAGAAAGUUUCCCCAGCAUCAGCACUGUGAGAUCUCGGGAUGGGAUUAUCCAGCUGAACGAGGCAGAGACGAGCCAUGCGGCCCCCCUGGCAUGUGUCCGAGUGCCUCUGUGAAAGGAUACCCUCCAACCCAACACAGGAGUGGGCAGCACUUUGGGGAGCUGGGCAGCCCAGGGGGCGACUUCCCACGAGCCACCUGUGGAUUUCCUCCUGCAGGUACUUUUCUCAUGCCCGUCAGUCUCAGUAAGAACAGAGGGGGGCAGUCAGUGCAGAGCCCUCCCCCCGACAUCUGCAUCCUCACGCUUGCCAUGAUGAUCGCGGGCAUCCCCACAGUGCCUGUGCCAGGGAUUAGAGAGGAGGAUCUGAUCAGAGCUGCACAGAACUUCAUGACAGAGAAUCCAGAGCCCAGUGCUCAAGGGGAGAGAAGUCCAAAAAGGAGAGGGGACACACGGCUGUGGAAGACAGACGGACAGAGGAAGAGACCAGACAGAGGCUUCCAGCCCCCUUCCGUAGCACUUUGAGAAGUAAAGCCAAGGAGAAAUGUGCGAUUCCAAACAAAAAACAUUUGACGCUAGAUUUACAUACAAGGAGUUUAUAGGACAGGCCGCUAGCUCAAAAGGAAAUACCUGACCAUACAGGAGUUCUGCUCUUC